GUCCGGUCCGUUCAUGUAUCCCACCUCCCUCCCUAACCAGCAUCCAUUAGCAACUCGAACAGCAACCGCAAGCCUCCAAGCCGAGUUCCUAUUCAUACAAUCGACUCUUGAGACGUGCCCAAGCCAGUAAUGGCGGGCAUCUAUAAACUCCUGCCCACGUUCUGAGGAGCAGCAGCCUGCCUGCCCCGCAGCGAGGACACUUAUAAAUCUAGCUGCCAGACACGACCGCAUAUCCCACGCCGCCGUCUCGCGCGGCUGACACCAAGCCAUGUCAAACUUCAAGCGACAGAUGCCGCCUGGCCCUACCGUGCCGGGCGGCGGCCUCGGCAUUCUCAGCAAGCUCCAAGCUACCUCGAUGAUCGACUCGCGAGCCAGCCUGCCAGCCGAGAUCAUCGCAUCGAUACUCGACUACCUGCCGAUCCCCGACCUCCUCCGCUUCGCCAGGACGUCCCGGCGGAUGUGCGAGAUGGUGUACGACGACACGAGAUGGGUGGCGCGGCUCAAGAGCAUGGGGCUGUGGAACGAGGCCGAGGCGAGACAACGGCUCGAGGACGCUAUGCGCAGGCGUCGCGAGGCAGCUGAGCGGGCACAAGCAGCAGCUGCCGCCGCCGCCGCCGCCGUGGGCACGAACUCGGCUCAGGGGCAUGUUGCAGGCCGGCAAGCCUCGACGACACUUUUCGAUGCCUCGGUGGAGGAGGAGCGGCAGAAGAAGCUGGCUGAGAGCACGGCGAAGCUGGCUGACGGGUUCGAGACCAUGAACAUGGCUUCGAGCCCCUCGAGGACUUCGUUCAACGACCCCUCUGAGAUAUUGGAUGUCCUCAAACGCGUAAAGAGUGUCAGGGGCCACGCACGGGAAGAGUUUGGCAAGGUAUACGGAGCGCUGGCACCCUUCUACUUUGAUCUGGCGCGCGCAAAGUCGCAUACAGAGCCGAUUGUCUUCAAAGCCUUCCGCGACCCCGAGGGCCAGGCCCGCAUGUUGUCAAAUCUCAACACGUUUCGGCACAGUGACUGGUCAUCAGGGUGGCUGGAGCGAGAGGAGCGGCUGCGGAACAUGAUUGUCCUCUUCGAGAGCGCCGUGCUGCGCGAGUUUGAGCAGGGAUACGAAUUUUGGGACGUGGAUGGCAGGAUGAAGCGGUAUGCGCACGUGUUGCACAGCCUGAACGGCGGCAACGCGGCGAUGGAGCUGUUCAUCGCCAAGCACCCGACGUUCGACGAGCGCGAGUCAUUCGGAAACCCGAUAGACUGUAUCAACGGCGCGUCAUCACGAGACGACGUCACCUUGGAGCCGUCACGAAUAUUCUUUGAGAGACUCUCCAAGAAAGUCAACGAACAGAGCGACAUAAUAACCCGAAUUUUCCCGGGGGCGCCGGCUGUAUUCUGGGAAUAUGUCGACAAAGUGCGCGAGGACGUCGUCAUGGAUUACACAAAUGCCGUGCUGGAUGAGACACACGAUAGAAGCCUCCAAGCCUACUUGAAAGCCGCAUCUGGGCUUUUCGAACAGUGUAUGGCAUUCGUCCGCUCUUUGCAACCGCCGAAAGGAUCCCCAGGGACUAUCGAAGAUCAUGCCAAGGAAGUGUCUUUGAGGGUAUUCGAGCCACACUUGGAUCUCUAUCUCCAAGAAGAACUCGAUAGCUUCACCAAACAUGUAGAGCGCGAGGUCACAAAUUGGGACCAGAAACUCUCUGAGCAGGAUGCAUCUACCGAGUCCUUCUACAUGGCGAACUUCACAAGGCGAGCAGACAAGAACGACUUUUUGAGCUCGUUCAAAAAAGUGGUCAUGAUGCCCGUGACGGUGCUUCCAAGCAUACCACUCUCGUCACCGUUCGGCGGAGGUACGAAACAAGCGAAUGCUGCAGCAGCUAAUGGGAGUGCGCUCAAAACAUCAACACUUGCCACUCCCAGCCAGUCACGUCCAGACAGUCCUGGGCCUGGUGGACGUACAGGCACGCCAUUACCUGCGGAGGCUCCAACAGAUGAGCUCAAAGCCAAGGCGGCUCUCAUGGCCAGCCGGCUCGAGGGCAUAAAGAGCUUAUUCAGCAUCGAGGUCGCCCUAAGUCUUGUACACACGGCAAAAUCAAGUCUCGGAAGAGCCGCCAAGUUCACCAAGCUAGGUGGACAAGCUGGCGAAGAAGCCCGUGAGCAGUGUGAGGCCAUCUUCGUGGUUCUGCUUCGAGUUCUUGGCCAGACGCAUGUCAAGAACGGGUUCACGAAAGCAGUCGAUCAUCUUUCGAGAUAUAAUCCCCGAGAAAUCAGCAAUCAUGAUCAAGCAGGAGUCGCACCGCUCGUCACGUUCAUCGAGCUGGUAAACGUGGGCGACCUCAUCUCGCAAAUGAUUGACGUGUUCUAUGAGCAACAGCUGGCUGCCCCCAAAAUUGCAGACCGAAAUGACUUUCUAGACCCUGCAGGACUGGCCAAGAAGAAGUUUGAGCAAAUGCUGGACGAGAAUGUGGCUGCUGGCCUCAACAAGGGUAUUGACGUGCUCAUGGACGAAGUCGAAUAUCUGUGCGCAACGACCCAGCUUCCGACCGACUACAAUCCCCCCACCGUGCAGGAAAACGGCAAGGCUCGCGUCGACUUUGACAUUGGACCGACAACAACGGCCAAGCGUGUGGUUGAGCUUGUAUCCUCACAUACCAACAUGCUGAUUGGCAGUACCGAGAAGACGAUGCUUGAUGUCUUUAACGGCGAAGUCGGGCUACGCCUCUUUACGGCGUUGUGCAAACAUCUCAAGCGCCAGCGCAUCAGCACGGAUGGCGCUAUCAAGCUCAUUGCCGAUGUGAACCUAUAUUUCGAGUACAUCCGCACAUUGAAGAACAAGGACCUGCUGGAGUACUUCAAGGCCCUGCGAGAGCUCAGCCAGAUCUACCUCAUCGACCCGCGGCACUCCAAGGAGAUGGCCAAGAUAAUAGCCGAUGGUGACAAAUUUGGCGGCAUCUUCCGGCCGGAAGAGGCCUACGAAUUCGCGGAGAGGCGGGCGGACUGGUUCCAGGUCAAGAAGCACGUCGAAAAGGCCAUGUAUGGGCUCGAAUGCCUGGUCAUGUAGAUACCAGUACUGUCCAGACCAAUGGACCAAAUACAAGCAUCUUGGAUUACGCAGAG